CCUCGCUCCGGUCCGUGAAUGCCAAAGUUUAUUAUUUGACGUUGAAGCGCUCAGGAUCCGAGAGACGCACCGGGACCCUCGACCAACAAACUCACCAUCAGAAAAUGACCGUAGAAAGAAUAUUCGACGAGCUCGGACAUUUCAAUAGAUAUCAAGCAUGUCUGUACUUUGCAGCAGUCUUCCAGGCCAUAGCCUGUGGGAUCCACUACCUGGCCUCUGUCUUCUUAGUGCAGACGCCAAACUUUGUGUGCGGUGUGCCCAGCAACAUCACCAAUGUCCUAUACGGUAACCUGACGGGAUUUAGUUUGGAAGACAUCCUGCCAAUCUUCAAGUCAGACACUGGGCCCUUGGUGGUGAGGACGGCUGAAGGAGAACAGUGGGAGCUCAGCCCGUGCCGCUGCUCCCUGCGCAUUAACCCAAAAAACUUUACAUAUGACUUUGAUGGAAACAAAACAGUGAAAUCCUGUGAUGGGAACUUUGUUUACGACCUCACUGAAAUUCACCAAAGCAUAGUAACGGACUGGGACUUGGUGUGUGAGAACGAGUGGCUGGCCAAGAUGUGUCAGCCCACCUUCAUGCUAGGGGUUCUGGUCGGAGCGCUGGUGUUUGGAGACAUUGCUGACAGAGUUGGUCGUGUGAGGAUCCUGAUGUUCACCAGCCUCUGUCAGUUUCUGUUUGGGGUGUCUGUAGCUUUUUCUGGAAACUAUUAUUUCUUUCUAGUGCUCCGCUUCCUCCUUGCCAUGGUGUCUAGUGGCUACCUCGUGGUGGUGUUUGUCUAUGUCACAGAGUUCACCGGCAUUAAGGUGCGCACAUGGACCUCUAUGCACGUGCACGCUGCCUUUGCUGUCGGCGUCAUGGUGGUGGCUCUGACCGGCUACCUGGUGCGGGUCUGGUGGAUCUACCAGAUCAUCCUCUCCACAUGCACCUCGCCCUUCCUGCUCCUAUGCUGGAAGUUCCCUGAAACGCCUUUUUACUUGAUGGCCAAGGGCCGUCACAAGGAAACUCAGACCCUAAUGGACACGAUCGCUAGCUUCAACGGUCUUGAGAGCCGGCUGAAGGUGCAGGAGCUUCUGGAUCCAGAGGAGACAGAGAACGGCAAAGCUCUGCUGGAGGAAGCAGAGCAGCGGCCAUUGCAAUCUGAGAAGAAGCUGUCCAUCCUGGAUCUGUUUGGCAGCUGGAGGAUGGCGGGCCGUACAUGCACGGUGUGGGCCAUCUGGUUCAUUGGCAGCCUGGGCUACUACGUUUUCUCUUUGGGCUCAGUCAACCUAGGAGGAAACCAGUAUGUUAACCUCUUCUUGGCUGGUGCAGUGGAGCUACCUUCUUAUUUGGUUGGCUGCUUUGCAAUGGACCGGAUAGGCAGGAAGAAGACAUGUGCCCCAGCUCUGCUCCUGGCCGGGGCUGCUUGCAUCCUCAUCAUUGUGGUUCCUCCUGAAAUCAAGGCAUUGGCCAUCGUUCUCUCUAUGACAGGGAAGUUUGCCAUCGCCAUUGCCUUUGGUCUCAUAUACCUGUACACCUGUGAGCUUUACCCAACCAUCAUCAGGUCUCUGGCAGUGGGUAGUGGUAGUAUGAUGUGCCGUAUUGGCAGUGUGGUGGCCCCCUUCUGCUUGUACCUGGCUGAUGUCUGGACCUACCUACCUCAGCUCAUCGUGGGAAUCCUGGCAUUCAUUAUCGGAGUGCUGACGUUGUUUUUGCCUGAAACCCUGGGCAGACCUCUAACAACUACUUUGGAAGAAGCGGAAGCUCUGGGACGCGAGCCCAACAAGAACUCGGCCCUGGGCGAUAACGAAGCUGAGGACAGUAUGUAGGUGAACCAACAUGAAGCCAAAGCCUGAGUUGUACACUGCUGGAAAAACCAGAGCGACUGACGCACAGAGAAGCUUUGG